UUUCGGUCAACGUGACAAAGGUGACAUCUUGUUUGUUCCAUGGGAUGGGCGUAUAAAACAGCAGAAAAAGAAAGAGAAAAAGAAAAUGCAGUGAAAGUUCUCCCAGACGUACAGCGCGACUCAGAGAUGCGCAGAUCUAAGGCAAUAUAGCAUUAACGGCAUUAUAUUUGCAACGCCACACACAACAUGGUGCCUGGAAACGAGCGACGUACACGUUCGUACGUAAAGAACGUCUCCGCGCUUGGAUGGCGUAUGUUACGUGAGGAACGGUCCUUUUCCUUUUUCCGAAGGCUAAAGGCAGGUGCGCGUGCGUUACAUAGCGACGCUCUCCUCAAACACUUCCCUAGCACGUUAAUUGAAAAAUGGCGGCGCCCGGCAGCGUGGAAGAGUUGCGAAGUCGCGUGGUUCUGGGCGAGUUUGGCGUUCGCAACGUCCAUACUACAGACUUCCCUGGCAACUAUUCAGGGCAUGAUGAUUCCUGGGAUAAGGAAAAGUUUGAAAAGAAUUUCAGAGUAGAUGUGAUUCAUAUGGAUGAAAGCACUCUAGAAUUUGACAUGGUGGGGAUUGAUGCAGCUAUUGCUAAUGCUUUUCGACGUAUAUUGCUUGCUGAGGUACCAUCCAUGGCUGUGGAAAAGGUCUUUGUGUACAAUAACACGUCUAUUGUGCAAGAUGAAAUCCUGGCCCACCGCUUGGGGCUGAUACCUAUACGUGCUGAUCCUCGUCUCUUUGAAUACAAGAGUGAAGAAGAUGAGUGUGAUGAAAUUAACACUCUGCAGUUCCAGUUGAAAAUCAAGUGCAGCAAGAACCCUCAGGCAGCCAGGGAGUCAUCUGAUCCUAAUGAACUGUACAUCAACCAUAAAGUCUAUAGCAAGCACAUGGAAUGGGUGCCGCUGGGGUCUCAGGCAGACAAUCUGAAUGCUGACUUCCGUCCUGUACAUGAUGACAUCCUCAUUGCCCAGUUGCGUCCUGGACAAGAAAUCGAUGUACUUAUGCACUGUGUAAAGGGCAUUGGUAAAGAUCAUGCAAAGUUUUCUCCAGUGGCCACUGCCAGUUACCGGCUGUUGCCAGAGAUCACUCUGCUGCAGCCGAUUGAAGGCGAAGCAGCUGAGAGGUUGAAGAAGUGCUUUUCUCCUGGGGUUAUAGAAAUUCAAGAAAUCAAAGGGAGAAAAGUGGCUAGAGUGGCCAAUGCUAGAUUAGAUACAUUUAGUCGGGAAAUUUUUCGUCAUGAUGAUUUGAAAACUCUUGUACGGCUGGCUCGAGUGAGAGAUCAUUAUGUCUACAUAGAGAAGGUAAUGGGAUGGAUGACAGCCAAUAAACUGAAGCUCAGUCCAGACAAGAUUAAGGUGAUAUUGGUCAAUGAAGAAGCUACUCGGGGACUGCAAAGCCAGACUGGACUGGACUGUUCUGGAGGAAGUUGCACUCCCCCAAAGAAUCUCCGUGGAAUCAACAGGUAUUCUGCCUCCAGAUGUGUUGGUGAGUGAAGCAGUCAAGGUGUUAAUGGGAAAAUGCCAGCGCUUCUUGGAGGAGUUGAAAUCCAUUCAGAAGAAAUAAGAAGCUUGUGUUCCUAAUGAUUCACCAUAACAGUCUGCUUAGUUGAGCUAUCUACAGCUGUCUUGAAGGAUGGAUUCCAACUGAAUUGUGUAUUUGCCACUGAGUGGUAACUUUCUACUAUGGAUGUGAAAAAUUGGAAGUGGAUACUUCAGGCUUUCCACUUGGGGCACUAACUUGAGCAGUGGUUAAGAAUGUGCUACUGUGCAGCUAUGUUUUGCAAAGACUUAUGUAGGAUUGGAUUGAGGAAAGAGAGAAAUGUCAAUCCCUUGCUUAGUAUCUCAGAGAAGGAGUAAUACGCUGUGCAAGCCUAUGAAAGGACAGACUGCUGGAGAUAAAUUGUGGGACUUCUUAAAUUGUUUGGCUUGCCCUGAGUUAUAUCUCCCAAGGAGAACAGAACCUUGCUAAUUUGUGAUUCACCUGUCAAACAGGUUGUAACAGCUGUCUUUAGUGAUGUAUACUAGGAAGGUUUUUUUGUCUUAUUUAGUAGAACAAGGUUUGUGAUCUGUGUACCUCUCCAAAAAUAGAAGUUUAAAAAUUUGCCAUAUUGGUUAACUUUGUUCCUAGCUAGUAAAAAUGCCAGUAUCAUAAUAUGCUCCUUACUUAGUGUGUUGGACUUUGUUAUGGAAGGGUUGAGGAAGAGAAUAUAUGAGACUCUAGUGUUAUGUCUGCUUUGAUUCCAAGAUAAAUUUUAAAAAGUC